UUCAUCGACAAGAAAGAAAAAUCGAUUCUUCGCGAAACCUCGUCUGAAUCUCUCCUUCUGAAUUUUUCGAAAUCCCUAGAUUCCAAUCCCCAAAGAACCCUAAUUCAUUCGAUUCGAUUCGACGAUGGGCAAGAACGAUUUCCUCACCCCGAAGGCGAUCGCGAACCGCAUGAAGGCGAAAGGCCUCCAGAAGCUCCGGUGGUACUGCCAGAUGUGCCAGAAGCAGUGCCGCGACGAGAACGGGUUCAAGUGCCACUGCAUGAGCGAGUCUCACCAGCGCCAGAUGCAGGUCUUCGGCCAGAACCAGAGGCGCGUCCUCCAGGGCUACUCCGAGGAGUUCGAGAAGACCUUCCUCGACCUCAUGCGGCGGAGCCACCGUUUCUCUCGCAUCGCCGCCACCGUGGUGUACAACGAGUACAUCAACGACAGGCACCACGUGCACAUGAACUCGACGGAGUGGGCGACGCUGACCCAGUUUAUAAAGUAUUUGGGGAAGACGGGGAAGUGUAAGGUCGAGGAGACGCCUAAAGGGUGGUUCAUUACCUAUAUUGAUAGAGAUUCGGAGACUAUUUUUAAAGAGGGGUUGAAGAAUAAGAGGGUUAAGAGUGAUUUGGCUGAGGAGGAGAAGCAGGAGAGGGAGAUUCGGAGACAGAUUGAGAGAGCCAAGGAAGGUGAAGGUAGUGGUAAAGAUGAUGAUGAGGGUGAGGGUGGGGAGAUGAAGAAAGGUGAAGACUUUGGGUUGAAGAGUGGUGUUGUCAAGGUUGGGUUUUCACUCGGUGGAGGGGCUAAACAGGUUGUUACUACGGGUGAGAGCUCGAAGCCUGUGUUUGAGGAGGAAGAGAAUGAGAGAGAGGAGAAGAAGAAGAAGAGGAGAAAAGGUGGAGACUUGGAGAAGGAGAGAAGGUCGGCUUUGGAUGAGUUGAUGAAGGAGGAAGAGAGGAAGAAGGAGAGGAUGAAUCGCAAGCCUUACUGGCUGUUCCAAGGGAUUGUUGUGAAGGUGAUGAGUAAAGCUCUGGCGGAUAAAGGGUAUUAUAAGCAGAAGGGUGUGGUGAGGAAAGUGAUUGAUGACUAUGUCGGGGAGAUUGAGAUGAUUGAUUCUAAGCAUGUGUUGCGAGUUGAUCAGGAGGAGCUUGAGACUGUGAUUCCUCAGAUUGGAGGGUUGGUGAAGAUUGUGAAUGGGGCGUAUCGCGGUUCAGUUGCGAAGUUGUUGGGCGUGGAUACGGAGAAGUUCUGUGCUAAAGUGCAGAUUGAGAAAGGUGUUUAUGAAGGGAGAGUCAUCAAGUCUAUUGAGUAUGAGGAUAUAUGCAAACUAGCUUAGUUACUAUAUCUUUAGACCAUUACAUCAGCGUACCUUGUGUUUCUACUCUCUUUGUGUCUGCAAGUGCGUUUCAGACAACUCACUCUUAUGAUAAAACAGAAUGAUACACAAGAUUCUGGCUUUUGUUAUUCCUUUCAUUCUCUUUUGUCCAGCCAAGAGAACAUGGUUGCAUCUUAGAGGGUAGAUGAUCCCUGAUGGAUCGUUUCAUGAGUCACCGAAGGUUACUGCAGAUGAGAUUCUGUUUCAUGACAUGUUCUUGACUGGUUUGUCUUUGAUUUUCAUUGGUUUACUCAGUGCUGUUGUAAGUGAGACUAAUGUAUUAUCUUUAAGAAACCCUGUGAUCUUUGAUUGUGCUUUUACAAACGAAGCUUGAAAUA